AUGGAAGAUUCGAUGGAUAUGGACAUGAGCCCCCUGAGGCCCCAAAACUAGCUUUUCGGUUGUGAACGAAAGGCCCACAAAGACUACCACUUUAAGGUGGAUAAUGACAAAAACGAGCACCAGCUGUCUUUAAGAAUGGCCAGUUUAGGGGCCGGUGCAAAGGAUGAAUUGCACACUGUCGAAGCACAAGCAAUGAAUUACGAAGCCAGUCCAAUUAAAGUGACACUGGCAACUCUGAAAAUGCCUUUACAGCCGACGGGUUCCCUUGGGGGCUUUGAAAUGACACCACCUGUUGUCUUAAGGUUGAAGUGUGGUUCAGGGCCUGUGCAUCUUAGUGGACAGCACUUAGCAGCUGUGGAGGAAGAUGCAGAAUCAGAUGAGGAGGAGGAAGAGGAUGUAAAACCCUUAGGUAUACAUGGAAAACGAUCUGCCCCUGGAAGUGGUAGCAAGGAUCCACAGAAAAAAGUAAAACUAGCUGCUGAAGAAGACGAUGAUGAUGAAGACGACGACGACAAUGAUGAUUUUGAUGAUGAGGAAACUGGAGAGAAAGCUCCAGUCAAGCAUCCUUCAAAAAGAAAACAGACUCCUAAAACACCCAAAGGACCUAGAUCUGUAGAAGAUAUUAAAGCAAAAAUGCAAGCAAGUAUAGAAAAGGGUGGUUCUCUUUGCAAAAUGGAAGCCAAGUUCGCCAAUUAUGUGAAGCAUUGCUUCCGGAUGACUGACCAGGAGGCCGUUCAAGAUCUCUGGCAGUGGAGGAAGCCUCUUUAA